AUGGUGAACAGUCCCAUCCCACAAGAGCUGGGCGCUCAAUGCAAGAUUGCUGCAAAGAUCAUCAACAAAUUCGUCAAGCCAGACUCUUCGUUUGGUCCAGACCAGUACAUACCUCCUACAAUACUAGCGGCUGCAAAGGGAGUGGCUGUCAUGACAGUGAUAAAGGCUGGCUUUUUAUUCUCGGGUAGAGCUGGUGCUGGUUUGGUCGUCGCACGUCUUCCUGAUGGAAGUUGGUCAGCACCCUGUGCUAUUGGUCAAGCUGGAGCUGGUGCUGGUGGUCAAAUCGGUGUCGAAAUCACAGACUUUGUAUUUGUACUGAAUACGGAUGAAGCUGUCAAGGCCUUCUCGCAUACUGGAAACAUAACGUUGGGUGGAAAUGUGUCUGUCGCUGCUGGUCCAAUGGGUAGAAGUGCUGAAGCUGCUGGUGCUGUACUACAUAUGGCCGCUAUAUAUUCAUACAGUAAAACGAAAGGAUUGUUUGCCGGUGUCUCCAUUGAGGGAACCGUCAUUCUAGAACGAAAGGAAACAAAUGCCGAAUUUUACAACCGCAAAAUCACUGCAAAGGAAAUCCUAUCCGGUAGCGUACCUCCACCACCACAAGCAAACGAUCUAUACAAAGCCCUCAACACAAAGAUUGAAGCCGGUAUGAGAGUGGCUGAUGAAAAGCAACGUGCAAAUGCUCGUGCUGUAGCUGAAUCCGAACGACAACGGUAUCUCAUGAUCCAAGCAACCGAUGCUGCAUCAUAUGGAGGAAACGACUAUGGUAGAGCAAAGGAUCCAUUCGGUGCACAAGCUCAACGAGCUGCGUCACUCGAAUUCCCAAGAAAUACAUGGUCGCCACAAAAUAAUAAUGGUAUCGCUGCUGGUGGUAUGGCUUCUCGAACUGGAACAUUGCCUUCUGCUGCUGGUCGAAGGACACUUACAGGUGGUGCAGAGUUUGCUACUGCCUUGUAUGACUUUGAUGGUGAACAGGAUGGUGACUUGUACUUCCGUGCUGGUGACACUGUUACCAUCACCAAGAAGACUGCCAGCACCAAUGAUUGGUGGAGUGGGAAGAUCGGUGCAAGAGAAGGAUCGUUCCCAGCAAACUAUGUCCAGCUGCAAUGA